AUGUUCAGGUUGUUCGCCCUAACAGCCAUUUUGGCAGUGGUUGCCACCGAUCCUCUGAGGUCGGAGCCCCGCGCCAACUCUGAUAGCCGCAUCAUCGGUGGCGAGGAAACGACGAUUGAGGAAGCUCCUCACCAAGUCAGCUUGCAGCUCUACGAGGACCAUUGGUGCGGUGGUAGCAUUAUCUCCGAUACCUGGAUUUUGACUGCUGGUCACUGUGUUGAUCAUUCUCCAGAGGUAUUCUCUGUCCGUGCUGGCAGUUCCGGUCACACACAAGGUGGUUCAAUCCACCAGGUCGUGGAGAUCAUCCGCCACAGCGGCUAUGCUUCUGACAAGUACCAUCGCCCAAUAAAGGACAUUGCUCUUGUCCGCGUCGCUGAGCCAUUCGUCUUCGACGAGACUCGUCGCGCUAUUGAGCUGCCUGGAAUGGAUGAUGUGUCGCCCGCAGGAGUAAUGGCCACCAUCACUGGGUGGGGAUCCACUACCAAAGGAGAGCCCGUAGUCCUUGAGACUGUCCAGGUGCCAAUCAUCUCCAAGGAGGACUGCUACCAACAAUACGCUAAGCUAGAAGGCAUUUACGACGGAGAAAUCUGCGCUGCUUACCCAGAGGGCGGUAAAGAUGCCUGCCAUGGUGACUCCGGAGGCCCAUUGACCAUCAAUGGACGUCUUGCUGGUAUCAUCUCCUGGGGGUACGACUGCGCAGAACCUGGAUAUCCCGGUGUCUACGCAGAGGUCGCUGCAUACCGUGCCUGGAUCAGGGCAAAUGCCGAUUAUGAAGCUCGUUAUCUUGAUUGCGGCGAUGCCCUGCCAUCGACAUUCUUUGAAAAGGCAGUGGGCUCGGGCAAUCGGAUCAUCGGUGGUAGGAAUGCAACAAUCGAGGAAGUUCCGUACCAGAUCAGUCUUCAGUACACCAACACUCACAACUGCGGUGGCAGCAUCAUCUCGAAGGACUGGGUAGUGACAGCUGGCCACUGCGUCGGUGGCUCGGCAGCUUACUACUCUGUCCAUGCUGGUUCUUCAUUCCACAAUAGAAAUGGAACGAGACAUAACGCAACCCGAAUUGUGAGACACCAGGCUUACAAUAUAACUGAUGCUGGGAUUCCAGUUUACGACAUUGCGCUGGUCCGAGUGUCUCCGCCAUUCGUCUUCAACAGCAACCACCAGUCAGUGAAGCUGUUUGGCCUUGGGGAGCCAGCUCCUGCCAAUGCCACGAGCACCAUCACCGGUUGGGGUCGGACUGAGAACGGAACGGCUAAGAUUCUUCAGCUUGUGACUAUUCCCAUCGUUUCCAAAACUGCUUGCGACGAGAGUUAUCAGGGAUAUGGUGGUAUUCCUGAUGGACAAAUCUGCGCUGCCUACCCUCAAGGAGGCAAAGACUCCUGCCAAGGUGACUCCGGAGGUCCAUUGACUAUUGGCGGACGUCUUGCUGGAAUUGUUUCGUGGGGAUAUGGCUGUGCUGUCGCAGGAAAUCCUGGAGUUUACACCGAAAUCGCUGCCUAUCGCUUUUGGAUCAAGGCAUUAAUUGGAGCCGAUCCUCUGAGGUUGGAGCCUCGAGACAACUCGGAUGGCCGCAUCAUCGGUGGCGAGGACACGACGAUUGAGGGAGCUCCUCACCAAGUCAGCUUGCAGAUCUCCGAGCGUCAUUACUGUGGCGGCAGUAUCAUCUCCGAUUCCUGGAUUUUGACCGCAGGACACUGCGCUAGUUAUUCUCCAGGAAGAUACUCUAUUCGUGCUGGCAGCUCCCAUCACAGAAAAGGUGGUUCAGUCCACCAGGUCGUGGAGAUCAUCCGCCACAGUGGAUACGGUGUUGACAAGUACAAUCACCCAGUAAAUGACAUAGCUCUUAUGCGCGUCACUGACCCAUUCAUCUUCAACAAGACUCGUCGGGCAAUUAAGCUACAUGGAAUGGGACAAGUAUCACCCGCUGGGGCAAUGGCCACCAUCACUGGAUGGGGACAAACUUCCUUCGGAAUGCCCAAUGUCCUUCAGACUGUUCAGGUGCCAGUCAUCUCCAAGGAAAAUUGCUACCAACAGUACGGCGACAGCGGAGGCAUUCCUGACGGAGAAAUCUGUGCUGCUUACCCAGAGGGAGGUAAAGACUCUUGCCAAGGUGAUUCCGGAGGCCCCAUGACUGUCAAUGGACAACUUGCUGGUGUCGUUUCCUGGGGAUAUGGCUGUGCGCAACCUGGAAAUCCUGGUGUCUAUACGGAAGUGGCUUCAUACCGUGCCUGGAUCAGGCACAAUUCUAAUUCCAUCGCAAUGUUGAAACUCAUCGUAUUGGCGAGUGCACUCGCUGUCACAACUGCACAUCCCUUCGCCCGCUCCAAUGCCGAUAGUCGCAUCGUUGGUGGUGAAGCUACGCCAAUCGACAAAGUUCCGUACCAAGUUAGCAUUCAAAUCGCAGACGAGCACCUGUGCGGAGGUAGCAUUAUCUCUGAAGAGUGGGUUAUCACUGCUGGCCACUGCAUGGACAAUCCCGCGAAAAACUACACCAUUCGCGUUGGUACCAAUGACUGCACUGAAGGUGGUUCAGUCCGUGCAGUAGCUGAGUACAAGGUCCACGAACAGUAUAUAUUGGAGUUCGGGGUCCUCCCCAGAAAUGAUAUCGCUCUAGUCCGCGUCAAGACGCCCUUCGUCUUCAACAAGAAUGUGCAAGCCAUUGAUCUUUAUAAGCAAGGAGAAGAGGCAAUCGUCGGUUCCAUGGGUGUCAUCACCGGAUGGGGUGAGAUGGGUGAUAAGAUCCCUGAAAAAGACGAGAUAAACAUUCUUCAACUCGCGCAAGUGCCAAUCACUCCAAAGUCCACAUGCUACGUUAAUUUUAGUCGCGUUCCUAGGGGCCAGAUCUGCGCUGGCUACCCAGAAGGCGGAAAAGACGCUUGCGGGGGUGACUCUGGUGGUCCACUUGCCAUCGAUGGACGUCUCGCUGGAAUUGUCUCCUGGGGAACGGGAUGCGCUGAACCGGAAUAUCCCGGAGUCUACACCGAAAUUGCUUUCUAUCGACGGUGGAUCAAACGGAACUCCGACAGGGGCAUUCCUGGAAUGUCCAAUGGACCCUCUGAAGUCUGCAUUUACAUAGCAAUAAUCGUUGUUUCUACCGAAUCAGAUCCACCCAGUGAAAUGAUGUUCAAGUUCUUGGUGUUGGCUUUUCUAGUUGUCACCGGCUUCGCAAACGCAAGCCCGUGGUACAGUCGUAUCAAUCCAUUCACUCCGAAUGGACGCAUCGUUGGGGGUGAGCCAACGACAAUCCAGGAGGUGCCGCAUCAAGUAUCCCUCCAGGUUAACGGGUUUGGUUUCUGCGGUGGUAUUAUCAUUGGUAAGGAGUGGGUAUUAACUGCUGGUCAUUGCGCUAUUUAUUCGACUGGGCAAGUGACUAUUCGGGCGGGGACAGCGAGAAAGGCCAGCGGGGGAUCUCUUCACAGGGUUUCAAAGAUAAUCCAGCAUGAAAAAUACUCAACCAACAUGUACGGCAUUCCCAUAAACGACGUAGCCGUCAUAAAACUCCGAACCCCAUUCCAACUCGACGAGACGCGUCGCGCAGUUGACCUCUUCAACUUCCAAGAGCCAGCUGAACAGGGCGUUAAGGCAGUGAUCACGGGAUGGGGCGCGACAAUCGAGGGGGGUGGAACCGCCGCGGUCCUCAACCGAGUCAGUGUCCCAAUAAUUUCCAAGGAAACUUGCAACGAAGCCUACAGGAGCUUCGGUGGUCUGCCAGCCGGACAGAUCUGCGCUGCCUACCCGAACGGAGGGAAGGACGCCUGCCAGGGUGAUUCAGGUGGUCCACUGACCAUUGAAGGUCGUCUCGCUGGGAUUGUCUCGUGGGGCAAUGGAUGCGCCAGGCCCGGCUACCCCGGAGCCUACACUGAGGUCGCAUCCUUCCGGGAUUGGAUCCAGGAGAAAACUGGGAUUUAA